UAAUAAUAUUUGCAUGGAAAUUUGGAAGCUCGUCUAUUUUGCCAAAUCUUGUUGAGAUAGCAAGAAAAAGGAAAGCUUGUGCCUUGUGCCCAAAGCAGACCGCCCUUUUCCACUCUCUCUCUCUCUCUCUCUCUCUCUCUCUCUUUUGUAUUUCCUUUGUUAGUUUUGUAAUCCAAAGCAAAGAAGCGAAGCAUCUUGCUCACAUUCUCUUGCUUUCCCUUCCAAGCACAAGCCUUUCCUUUGCUUGGAAUUCUGCCAAGGCUUAGGUGAUGCAUUUUGUUGUUUUGAGCUUUCUGUUAGGAUCAAAUCUUCAUGUAAAUGCGGCUGUUCAUUAGCCUCUUCUCAAAUUUGUCUCGUUUUGAUUGAUGGGUUUUUGUGCUUACACUUUGUUUAGCCUAUCUGGAAUUGGGUUUUCAUUGGCGUGUGAUUGUCGAUUUCAGCAUUUAUACUUCACUUUCCUCACCCAUUGAUUCUUUUACUUUAUUCUUUAGAUUUUUUUUUUUUUUUUCACCAAGUAGUAUAUUACUGAAAUUUUUCUAAAGCUGUGGUCUUUAGAGACUAAUACGCCUUUCUGGGUUUCAUUUUCCAGUCUGAUUAUUGUUUCAUUAGGACUCUCGUAGGUUCCUUCCUGCUGUUUCUACUUCCAUUUUUUGUUUUCGGUACUCUAAUUUGACAAGAACAAAAUUCUGUUCAAGUUUCAUUUGAUUUUUGAUUUCUUUCUCUGUAUUGUUUUUUUUUUCCCAAAUUCCCCUUUCGUUUUCUCCCCCCCUGCUUGAGAAUUUGUGAAAAAGUAACCCAUCAUCCCAAAUCAUAUUGAGUUGAAAAAUCAGAGAAGGAAAUGUAACGCCAUGAGUUUUUCAACAGGACCCUCAAAAGAUUCUUGGCACCCAGUCAUGACUUCUGAUACAACAACUCCAAGUUACUGGCUGAACUGGAGGGUGUUGCUCUGUUCCAUAUGGGUUUUGAUUUCCAUGGCUUUCGGACUCUUUCUGAUAUGGAAAUAUGAAGGUUUCCGCAAACCCAAAACUGGAGAAACCCAGCAAGAAGAAGCAGGAGCUUUAUACGAUGAUGAAACUUGGCGGCCAUGUUUGAAAGGAAUCCACCCUGCUUGGCUUCUUGCAUUCAGAGUUUUUGCUUUCAUUGUGCUCUUGGUUCUGCUCGUUGUCACUACUUUGACAGAUGGAGGCGGUGGUCUUUUUUACUUCUACACUCAGUGGACUUUUACAUUAAUCACCAUUUAUUUUGGGCUCGGAUCAUUGCUCUCCAUGUAUGGGUGUUACCAAUAUCACAAGAAAGCUGGUGGUGAUAGAGUUGAUAUAGAGUUAGAUACAGAGCAAGGCACUUGUGGGGCUACUCCACAUGGGGAAAAUUCUAAAAUGUCUGUCCCAUCCAAAACCUCUGGCCCCCAUGAGCAACAUGAUCAUCUACGCAAACCUGCAGGCAUCUGGGGUUAUGUCUUUCAAAUAAUUUUCCAGAUGAAUGCAGGUGCUGUUAUGCUCACAGAUUGUGUCUUUUGGUUCAUUAUUGUUCCGUUUCUUACAAUGAAAGACUACAACCUAAAUUUUCUGAUUAUAAACAUGCACUCAAUCAAUGCUGUUUUCCUGCUUGGUGAUACGGCUUUGAAUUGCUUGCGGUUUCCCUGGUUUCGAAUCGGAUAUUUCUCCCUGUGGACAGUCGUUUAUGUAGUUUUCCAGUGGAUAGUUCAUGCUUGUGUCAAACUCUGGUGGCCUUAUCCAUUUCUUGACUUGUCUUCUCCGUAUGCUCCAUUAUGGUACUUGUCGGUGGCAAUAAUGCAUAUCCCAUGCUAUGGCCUCUUUGCUCUGAUUAUGAAGCUGAAACACUUUGUUCUGUCAACAAAGUACCCAGAGACCUAUCUGUGCAUGACAACACCUGGGGAAUAGAAACUUUUUCUGAAGCAGAAGCAGCUUUAGAUUCCCCAUAAAAUUGUUAAAUUUCUUGGUAGCCAUGGAGACACAGAAAAAUAACUGAUGAACUAUUGAUAAAUGUCUUGAACAAAUUCAUAUAUACACAAAUGGUCGGUCAAACAAGGUAGUCUUAGAUUGUUCAUGUAUCCAUUCCAACUGGAGUGGCAGAGAUGUAACAACACAUAGUUAUUGAAAGAAAUUCAUUGAGAAAUAUACUUGUUCUUCUUAUCCUCUCCUUUACAUGUUCUGUGUAAAUUUUUGUGAUCAAAUGUGAAACGAGAGAAAAAGCGGAAGCAAGAGAAAAGAGAGAGACGAGAAUUCCGGUGGUUCGGCAUUGAUGGCUAUAUUGUGCUAUU